AUGUCACAAAUAGAGGCAAAGUUAAAAGAGUAUAGAGCACUUAGAAAGCGACAACAGUUUAUAGAUAAUAUCAAACAAAAAUUGGACAACUCUAAAGACAAGCUCAUUAACUUUUUAGUUCCAAAAUCAGUUGAAAUGGAUAAAAAAGAGGAAGAAGUUAUAUUGUUGGAAUGUGAGGAACAUCCAACAAACAAUAGCUCAAAAUUACUACUUGAAGAUAUAGUAGAUGUAACAUCGGAAACUAGUGAAGUUGAAUAUGAAGAAAAUCAAGAAACAUGGCGGUAUUGUGUGCUAAAAUGGUCAAUAUAUGGUGUUAUUUGGUUAACCUUAUAUAUAAUUUUUCUUAAUCUACAGUUUGGUGCAGUAUUUUUUGUUAUAUCAGUACUUGUUGGUAUUUGUUUAAAUACAAGUACAAAACCUAAAAAGAAAGGUGAAAUUUCAGCAUAUAGUGUAUUCAAUAAGAAUUGCAAAAGUAUUGAUGGUACACUAAAAGCCGAACAGUUUGAAAAAGAAAUUAGAUAUGGUGCAGGAACUGUUCGCUCAUUUUAA